AUGGCGACGACCGGAGUUGGUUUUCGAUGGUUAGAUAUUUUAGAAAAAGAGUUCGAUAAAGCAUGUGUGGAACUUGAUACCUCUAUUUCGCACUUAGAAAAAGAAGAUGCUGAGGUGGUGUUUUCUGCUCGCCAGAAAGUUGCAACUCUCAGCUCCUGUUUUGCUCAACUGACUCAUAAAGCUCUUACUAUUUUUCAAAACAGUGCCAAAUUGGAGGUGAAAUCCUAA